AUGGACAGUCAGGGAAUUGUGAGAAAAGUCAAACCAAGGAAGAACAAAUGAAUCAAAGGCGAGCGUAACCUCCGAAUUCGAGAAGGAGAUAUUGUCACCUGGUUGAAGAAAAGAAACUGCAAAAAUAUAAAUAAAAAAUAUGUCAUGACAAGGGAUGAGUUCAAUGUUAGAAAAGAAGCUCUAGAGGAAGAACUCCAAUACCUAAAGGAUACCCAGGAAAUCAACAAUGAAGGACCGACUGGAAGCCUCAGUUUCUUUCCUAUUCUACAGAGGCAUAUCAGCCCUCGAGCAGAUGGAUCAAAUAAGAAAUUAUUAAGCAUUACCAAUCAGGACUCAAGUCUGGCUAAAUCCAGUGCGAGGUCUCCUGAAGGUAGAUACUUUUCUCCUAUUAACCGUUAUAAUAAAGACUUUAUCGAGAGAUCUUCGCUAAAGAGAAAGGAGAUACUGAGGAAAAUACAGCACUCUCAGACUAAGUUAUCAACCAACGAUGAGCAGACUGAGAAAGACCUGACCAUCCCUAACUUGAACAAAGUAUCUCCAGAAGCGCAAGAGAAGAUUUCUCGACCUUUUAUUACUCAAAAGAAAUCCUACAUACAACUUUUCAAGUCAUAUGCAUCUCUUGGAUUUACAAAAAGGAAGAAAAGAAUGAGAAUAUUUCAGCAAAAUCUCCAAAAUAAGAUACUUGAUAAAUAAACUCAGAAAAUUGAGAGAAAUAAUCAGAAGUCCCAGAAAGCCUAAUAUAAAAUUCGAUGUCAAAGAUGGAAGUGAGCCAAAUGAUUCACCGCUUCUCCCUACAAGCGCAGACUCUGCCAGCAAUGACAUUAAGCUAACUCUGAGAACUUGCCUAACGGACCAUCCAAAAGGGAGAAGAGAACAAAUCCUUGACAGAUAUUCGCGUUUCAUAGAUACCAAUGCUAGCUCAGGCAUUCUAUAAUCUAAUACUUGCAUGGAUAGAGAAAGAAUACUGAAAGGAGUUUCUCCUUUCAGUAAUGCUACAUAAUUUAUUCAUAUCA